AUGCCAAAUAGUGACUCGGACGACGACGGCCUUGACUACCUCGAGUUUGAUGGUGAGGAUGACGGCGACGGCGACGGCGAAGGCGAAGGCGAGCCAGAGGAAGAAAUACCUGAUGCCUUGGUAGCGGAUGACGUGACUGAAGACGGAGAUGAAUCCCAGUCUGAAGACUCUGAAGAUGUGUCCGACGAAGACGAUGAGGACGAGGACGAUGACGACCAGGGGCCACCGUCGUCUGCCGUUCCGAUGGACGUCGAGCCCGCUGAGAUUCCUGUAGGUGAAUCGACGACGAGCAGCGGCAUGUCGGAGAGCAGAUCUCUCCAGCCUGAGAUAGAGCCUCCACCCCUUCGGAAACGUUCUUUGUCACCGGCACAGUUGCGCAAGAAUGCCCUUGUUGGUAGCAGUAGUUUCCCACCCCGGUCGUACACCAUUGAAGCGAUAUGCGCACUCCCGCAUCCUGUUCCAACUCACGCACUUGCUUCGUCUCUUUGCAUGACCCACCUUCUGACGGGUUCAGACGACGGUUACAUAAGAGACUACGAUAUUUUCUCUGCAGUGAAUAGCAAGAAUUUCCUUACCGCACCUCAACGCCAUCAUGCCAAUGUCGUUGAAGGACUUAUGAAGUCUGGGCAGCUCCGGUUCUGGUGGGAGAAUCCUGCCAUGUCCGAUGCAUCGAGGAGACUCAGCGGGGCAAACACAUUCGAAGAAGAGCCUACUUUAUCUCCCGUUUACAGCCUCGCCAUGCACUCCGACGCCCUCUGGACUCUCGCAGGCACCAACGCAGGGCAUAUAAAUCUAUUUACUAUCAGGCACGAUCCUGGUAAACUUUGCUACGUUAUGAAUGGACACCGUGGGCCCGUCUCCUCGCUUGCAAUGGAUUAUCAAGAAAAGGGAUUUUUCAGUGCUGGUUGGGAUGGCGAAGCGAUUCAAUGGGAUCUAAAUAUUGGACAGGUGGUGCGAAACUUCACUGCUCACGGAGCUCAGCUUGCAGCAAUCGCAGUCCGACCUAUAGCCUCAGGUUAUACAUCCGUUAAUCCCCCUGUUAUUACAACUGGCUCGGAUAGUACUGCAGGUCCUUCCCAACUUCCGCCUUCGUCAUCUGCCGACACAAAGUCCGACGUUGACAUGGGGGAAUCAAGUUUAGCAGACGCCCAACGACCUCCUGUAGACUCUGAUGCAAAAUCGGAUAUUUCUUUCGACCCUCUGUUCGAUGACGAACCAGAAACUGAAAUCCCUAAACCAGAAUUUAAACUCGCCAUGCCUACCGGAGUAGAGCAACAACCUCCACCCUCUCGCCUGGUACCAAGCACUAUCCCCCCUCCCAAGAACGCCCCUCCAUUGCUGGAUCCCCCAACAUAUACGACUUACUCUCCCGAUCUUUUAUUGACGGCGUCCAUAGAUGGCCAAGUCAUUAUAUGGGACAGAAGAGUGCACUCUCCUGGGACAGGAGUUGGAAGACUAUGGAUGAGCGACAAAACGCCACCAUGGUGUCUUUCUGCGUGUUGGUCCGCAGACGGUGGUCAAAUUUAUGCUGGUAGGCGCAACGGGACCGUUGAUGUGUGGGAUGUUCGACUUUUGGGACGCUCUGGGCCUUCCAACACACCUCGACUGCUGAAAACGCUUAGAAAUCCAUCGAGUUCCGGAGUUGUUUCCUGUGUGGUAGCAUUUCCAGAUUGCCGGCACCUCGCGUGUGCAUCAAUUGACAAUUUGCGCCUUUGGAAUGUUGCCGAAAGUGGUGAGCCCGAUUCGAGUGGCCGUCCCAGGAGUGGUGUGCCGUUCAAGAUCAUUCCUGGUCAUCAUGGUGGGUAUAUAUCACAGAUGCUCGUCGACCCUGCUGCAAAGUUCUUGGUCAGUGCAAGCAGUAAUCGUGGAUGGCAUGGUGACUCCACCAGAACGGUCUUUGUUCACGACAUCAAACACAUACGUUAG